AUGUCAGGUCGCAAAGAUGGGGGUGACUCCUUCAGCGACUCUGCGGCGGAAGACAGAAUGAGGUCAAGAGAAGAGCUCGUGGCCCUGAGGACGCAAGUUAGCUCGCUGACGGAUCAGAUGAGCCAGCGAUUGUCGCUAGUGGAAGAUUCCAUGAAGGCAAGCAAGAAGGAGGAGCCAGCUGGCACCAUGGAGGGUGCCGCUGAUCGUGGCGAUGCUGGGGAGAGCGCCGCCGCGGAGUCCACGAACGCCGAAGGAGGGGCACCAUGGACCGGGAGUGCGCAGGACGGGAGAGCGGCGAAGCAGGGGGCUUUGUCCCCCAAGAGGUGAGAGUAGCCGCUGCUCACAACCAAGAUUAUAGUAGUGCCAUGGGAGAUGGUGCUGCUGCUGUUGGCUUUGGAUACGGAGCCACAACCCCAGCAACGGGGUACCAAGAUGUGCGGUACACUUCUCCUCCGUUCAGCGGGAAAUUGAAAGAUCGAAUGGCUAAAUGAUUUCCGCAUGGCAGCUAAUGGCGCAAACCUGUUGGAACAAUUUGAAGAGAGCGGGAGCUUGGAGAUCCCCGUCAACAGCGGAAAGAUCAAGUUUUCGCUGUCACAGCAGUACCGGAGCGAGCAAGUAGAGCUCGCAUUCCACGCGUGGAACUUCCUGUCUCACGCGUUGAAAGAAAAAGAUCGGAAAAUCAUGAAAAGGGCAGAGACGCCCCAGGGAGCUCUUCGUGAGCUCAAGACCAUACACGACCCUGAAUCAUCUGUACAGCCGUCAGAGGACCUCAAGUCCCUGACGUCGACCAAGAUCUCUAGAGGUGAAAACCCCCAAAACGCCCUCAAUGAGAUGCUCCAAACCGCAAAUUCCUAAACCGAGAAAGGUUUAACUGUCAACGAAACGUUCGUCCUUCACCUCUUCCUGGAUUCCCUUUCGGACGAGUAUGCCAUGACAAAGCACAACCUGCGACACGCGAAGGAGUUGACGCGGACGGUGUGCCAAAGGAAGUAAUGAUCGAAUACAAGGCGACCUAGGACAAGCUGGAGCAGGGGGAAGGAAAAGGCGCGAAGGGCGCAGAGCAAGCGUACUUCGCCGACGGUGAGGGCCGCAGGGAGCGGAGUCAGGGGCAAGGUCGUGGUCGUGGCGGCGGCCGUGGCCGCAGCAGCAGUCGUGGCCGCGGCGGCGGCGGUCGCGGCGGCCGCUCAGGCGGAUCCGGAGGAGUCGAGGAGAGCAAGGGAAGCAGCAGUGGAGGCGCCGAUGGCGGCGGUGGCGGGGACUAUAAGUUCCCGGGCCGGUGCUUUAGGUGUGGACAUCGUGGACAUCAAACGAUCGGCUGCACUACCAACGAGAAGGACUUCGUGCCGUGGUGUGCGCGCUGCGAGGGGUGGGGCCACACCAAAGAAAAGUGCGCGACGGAGGAGGCCGUCCUAGCGCAAGUGGUGGAGCAUGAGAGCGACGUGGACUCCGUGGAAGACCAGGCGUUUUGUGCCGUGGCAGUCCCCCCAGGCGAGUGUGGUACCGUUGGUGAAGUAGGUCUAGUGGGGGUUGCGGAACAAGGCCAGACGGUGUACGUGGCCGACACAGCGGCCACGUGCUUCAUGUUCCGAUGUGCAGACAACUUCGUGAGCUACCGUGAGCGUAGCGGUUGGGUGAAGGGGAUCGGAGGCGACAAGGCCCCCGUUCCUCUUUUAGGAUACGGAGAUGUGACCUUAGUCCUACAGACGGAAGAUGGUGGAGUACCCGUACCAGUACUGAAUGCUGCCCAUGUACCAGAGGCCCCCUACAACCUCCUCUCGCUGUCUUCGUUGGCGGAGGAGGGCCACACGUAUUCGGGGAUGAAGGGGGGCCUCACGCUGACCACGAAAGCCGGGGGGGUGUGUGUGGUUCCCCCGGACUGAAAAGAUGCUGACCCAACGAGGCUAUCAAAUAAAGCCGACGCGACACACCGCCCGUGCCGCACUCCUUGUUCCUGGCGAUGCGAAAGCAGCC